CAGUCUCUGAAUACGAUGGAUUGACAGAUUACACUACAUAUUAAUUACCUAACUCCACUCCACUGACACCUAUCGAAUGACGAACCUUUAAGCAUCCUCCCACUCAACAUUCCAGCUACUUUCUACUAUUAAUCACACACUUCCUUCAUGUUGUUUGCAGAUUUCAACCGCUUUCUACUUCCAGAACUUUCUUCAACAGAUCUGGCCACUUGAAGAGUGAAAACUCACUUCAAUUCGCACUCAUUCGCCUGUUCUGAGGCCAGAGAACAUGUCAUCUAAUGGCCAUUACUUUAGAAGAAAGCCCCGCCAGCCAGUUGCUGCAAACUUGCAUAUUGACUCACUGCUUGAUGAAAAUCUAGAGCAGUUUCCACAUCUAAAUGAACUUGUUCAGUGCUACCAAAGUGAUUGGAUAAAGGAUGAAAACAAGUAUGGGCACUAUGAAAGUGUUGGCAGUAUAUCCUUCCAGAACCAAAUAUUUGAAGGGCCUGAUACUGAUAUUGAAACAGAAAUGCAUCUUGCUAAUGCUAGGCAAGAUAAGAUUGAAGACAACUCUGAUGAUGAUGAUGUACCUAGUACCUCUGGUCGACAACUUACAGAGCAUUAUGGUGAAUCCCCCCUGCCUGCUUAUGAACCUGUAUUUGACUGGGAAAAUGAGAGGUCAAUGAUCUUUGGACAAAGAAUUCCAGAGUCUAAUAUGCCACAGUCUCCAAGUGGAUUGAAGAUUUCUGUAAAAGUUCUUUCCCUGUCGUUUCAAGCUGGAUUAGUUGAGCCGUUUUAUGGUACCAUAUCAUUGUAUAAUAAAGAUAAAAGAGAAAAGCUGUCGGAGGAUUUCAUUUUUCGUGUUCUUCCAUCUGAAAUGCAGGAUGCUGGCGGUUCAUCAGAAUCUCGUGGACUUUUUAAUCUAGACGCUCCAUCUUCAUCUGUUUGCUUGCUUAUACAAUUAGAAAAGUGUGCUACUGAAGAAGGCGGAGUAACUCCAUCUGUUUAUUCACGCAAAGAACCAGUUCAUCUGACUGAGAGAGAAAAGCAAAAACUACAAGUUUGGUCUAGGAUGAUGCCUUACAGAGAGUCGUUUUCUUGGGCAGUUAUUCCAUUAUUUGAUACCAACACUGGUUCGGUUUCCGGUGGUUCUGCUUCCCCUAGCAGCCCACUUGCUCAUAGUUUAUCAGGAGCUAGUUUGCAGGAGGGUGUUUCUGAGCCAAUUACAAAGGUCUCGUUAGAUGGACACAUGGGUUUCUCGAAUGGAAAUUCUGUCGUGGUUGAAGUGUCAAACCUAAAUAAAGUCAAAGAGAGCUAUACUGAAGAUUCACUUCAGGAUCCCAAACGGAAGGUUCAUAAGCCUGUGAAAGGUGUGUUGCGGUUGGAAAUAGAAAAGCUUCAAGCUGCUAACACCGAAUACGACAAUGCUUCAGAUGGCAGUAUAACCAAUGAAAAUGACCAUGGAGAUCGACUAACUGAUUCCUCUGUCGGUGAGUGGAGAAACAUUCAUUCGAAUAGACAUAAAGAACAACCUCUAAAUGGAUCAGUUGCAGAUGUGACUACUAAUGAUGUUCAAGCUUUUGACUUCCGCACAAUGAUAAGAAACGAGCCUUUUUUACAGCUUUUUCACUGUCUUUAUGUCUACCCACUGACUGUCAGUUUGAGCCGAAAAAGGAAUUUAUUUAUUAGAACUGAACUCAGAGAGGAUGAUGCUGAUAUCAGAAAACAGCCACUAGAGGCAAUGUAUUCAAGGGAGCCAGGUGCAUCUCUACAAAAAUGGGCCCACACACAAGUGGCUCCUGGAAGUAGGGUGGCUUGUUACCAUGAUGAAAUGAAAGUUUCACUUCCUUCUAUGUGGACCCCACAGCAUCACCUUUUGUUCACUUUUUUCCAUAUAGACCUUCAAACAAAGUUGGAAGCUCCAAAACCAGUAGUUAUUGGAUAUGCAGCUCUUCCAUUAUCAACACAUGCGCAGUUAAGAUCCGACAUUAACCUACCAAUCAUGAAAGAGCUGGUUCCACACUAUCUUCAAGACAGUAGCAAGGAGAGGCUAGAUUACUUGGAAGAUGGGAAAAGUGUUUUUCGCUUACGGUUACGACUUUGUUCGUCUUUAUACCCUAUUAGUGAGCGUAUUAGAGAUUUCUUUCUUGAAUAUGAUAGACACACUCUUCGUACAAGCCCACCUUGGGGUUCUGAACUCCUUGAGGCAAUAAACAGUUUGAAAAAUGUUGAUUCAACUGCGCUGCUGCAGUUUCUUCACCCAAUAUUGAAUAUGCUUCUCCAUCUUAUCGGCAACGGUGGAGAAACUCUUCAGGUUGCUGCUUUCAGAGCUAUGGUUAAUAUUUUGACACGAGUACAGCAGGAGUCGGUUGAUGAAGCUGAAAGAAAUAUAUUUUUGGUAAAUUACGUGGAUUAUGCUUUUGAUGAUUUUGGCGGUCGACAAGCUCCAGUAUAUCCCGGUUUGUCAACUGUGUGGGGAAGUCUGGCUCGUAGCAAGGCCAAAGGCUACCGGGUUGGACCAGUAUACGAUGAUGUAUUGUCGAUGGCUUGGUUUUUCCUUGAAUUAAUAGUAAAGUCAAUGGCACUAGAACAGACCCGACUGAUGUAUCACAAUCUGCCUCUAGGUGAAGAUAUCCCACCAAUGCAGUUAAAAGAGGGUGUAUUUAGGUGCAUCAUGCAAUUAUAUGACUGCCUUUUGACAGAAGUGCAUGAACGUUGUAAAAGGGGGUUAAUUUUAGCAAAACGCUUAAACAGUAGUUUGGCUUUCUUUUGUUAUGAUCUUUUGUCAACCAUUGAACCCCGCCAAGUUUUUGAAUUGGUAUCCUUGUACCUGGAUAAGUUCUCUGGUGUUUGUCAAUCAGUGUUGCAUGAUUGCAAGCUUACCUUUUUACAAAUAAUCUGUGAUCAUGAUUUGUUUGUUGAAAUGCCUGGCCGGGAUCCUUCUGAUAGGAACUACCUUUCAUCUGUGUUAAUUCAAGAGCUGUUUCUAACUUGGGAUCAUGAUGAUUUAUCUCAGCGAGCAAAAGCAGCUAGGAUUUUGGUAGUCCUCUUAUGCAAGCAUGAUUUCGAUUCUCGUUACCAGAAGCCAGAGGAUAAGUUGUAUAUUGCCCAAUUAUAUUUUCCACUUGUGGGGCAGAUACUUGAUGAAAUGCCCGUUUUUUAUAACCUGACUGCUGUUGAAAAACGUGAAGUGCUGAUUGUAGUUUUGCAAAUAUUACGAAAUCUGGAUGAUGCAUCACUUGUGAAGGCUUGGCAGUUGAAUAUUGCUAGAACAAGACUAUUUUUUAAACUACUUGAGGAUUGCCUAGUUCUUUUUGAGCACAAGAAAAGCGUUGAUAGCAUGCUUAUAGGCGGCAGUUCUAGGAGCCCAGUUGCUGACGCACCUAUGUCUCCGAAGUAUUCUGAUAGGCUUUCUCCUGCCAUUAAUCAGUAUCUAUCUGAGGCAUCUCGUCAGGAAGUUCGGCCACAGGGUGCAUCUGAGAACGGGUAUUUAUGGCAGCGGGUGAACUCGCAGCUAAGCUCUCCUAGCCAACCGUUUUCCUUGAGAGAAGCUCUUGCGCAAGCACAAUCUUCUAGAAUCGGAGCUUCAAGCCAAGCACUCAGGGAAACUUUGCAUCCCGUUUUAAGGCAAAAACUUGAACUUUGGGAAGAAAACCUCAGUGCUGCUAUCAGUCUUCAAAUCCUGGAAAUAACUGAGAAAUUUUCUAAAGCUGCUGCAUCACAUAGUAUUGUGACCGAUUAUGGAAAAUUGGAUUGCAUAACAUCCAUAUUUACCAGUAUAUUCUCACGCAGUCAAUCAUUGGCAUUCUGGAAAUCACUAUUUCCAGUGUUCAACAGUGUUUUUCAGCUUCACGGGUCAACAUUAAUGGCAAGGGAAAAUGAUCGUUUCUUAAAGCAAAUUGCUUUCCAUCUUCUUAGACUUGCUGUUUUUCGUAAUGAAAAUAUCAGGAAAAGAGCUGUGAUAGGUUUGCAGAUCCUCGUUAGGAGCUCAUUCUCUCACUUUACACAAACAGCAAGAUUAAGGGCCAUGCUUACAAUUACACUAUCAGAACUGAUGUCAGAUGUUCAAGUAACUCAAAUGAAGUCAGAUGGAACACUUGAAGAAAGCGGUGAAGCACGUCGUCUCAGAAAAUCACUAGAAGAAAUGGCAGAUGAAAGCAAAAGUCAGAACUUGUUAAAGGAAUGUGGGCUUCCGGAAACUUCACUUGUUGACAUUCCAGAAGGGUCAACAGAAAGUCGUUGGUCAUGGCCAGAUGUCAAAUUUUUAUCAAAUAGUCUCCUUCUGGCUCUUGAUGCCAGCCUGGAACAUGCUCUUUUGGGAUCACUUAUGAACACAGACAGAUAUGCUGCUGCAGAAAGUUUUUACAAACUUGCAAUGGCAUUUGCUCCGGUGCCUGAUCUUCAUAUAAUGUGGUUACUGCAUUUGUGCGAUGCACAUCAAGAGAUGCAAUCAUGGGCUGAAGCUGCACAGUGUGCUGUUGCUGUUGCUGGUGUCGUUAUGCAGGCUCUUGUGAGCAGAAACGAUGGAGUCUGGAGCAAUAAUCAUGUGACUGCACUGCGCAAAAUAUGUCCUAUGGUCAGCACUGAGAUCACAUCCGAGACCUCAGCAGCAGAAGUUGAAGGAUACGGUGCUUCGAAAUUGACAGUUGAUUCAGCUGUAAAGUAUUUAAAGCUGGCAAAUAAGCUGUUCUCUCAAGCCGAAUUAUAUCAUUUCUGUGGGUCCAUUUUAGAACUUGUGAUUCCAGUUUAUAAAAGCAGAAGAUCUUACGGACAACUAGCUAAAUGCCACAGUAUGCUAACUAACAUCUAUGAAUCAAUCUUAGAACAAGAAUCAAGUCCAAUUCCAUUUAUAGAUGCCACGUAUUAUCGCGUGGGAUUUUAUGGUGAAAAAUUCGGAAAACUUAAUAAAAAAGAAUAUGUAUACCGAGAGCCUCGUGAUGUAAGAUUAGGUGACAUAAUGGAAAAACUUAGUCAUAUAUAUGAACUAAGAAUGGACGGUGAUCACACGUUACAUAUAAUUCCUGACUCCCGACAAGUAAAAGCUGAUGAAUUACAGCCCGGUGUUUGCUAUCUGCAAAUCACAGCCGUUGAUCCAGUAUUGGAAGAUGAGGAUCUUGGAAGUAGAAGGGAGAGGAUUUUUUCUCUUUCUACUGGUUCAGUUCGGGCUCGUGUUUUUGAUCGGUUCUUGUUUGAUACUCCUUUUACUAAAAAUGGCAAGACUCAAGGUGGGUUGGAAGACCAAUGGAAAAGACGAACUGUGGUUCAAACUGAGGGCUCGUUUCCUGCUUUAGUGAACCGGCUUUUGGUUACUAAAUCUGAAUCACUUGAGUUUUCACCUGUGGAGAAUGCUAUUGGUAUGAUUGAAACUCGAACUGCUGCACUAAGAAACGAGCUUGAAGAGCCACGUAGCUCUGACGGUGAUCAGCUUCCGCGGCUACAGAGUUUACAGAGGAUACUUCAGGGGUCCGUUGCAGUUCAAGUGAACAGUGGAGUACUUAGUGUGUGCACAGCUUUCUUAUCAGGGGAGCCUGCAACACGACUUAGGUCACAGGAAUUACAGCAACUGAUUGCUGCGCUUCUUGAAUUCAUGGCUGUUUGCAAGCGUGCAAUACGAGUACAUUUUAGACUUAUUGGGGACGAAGAUCAAGAUUUUCACACACAACUGGUCAACGGUUUUCAGUCACUCACUGCUGAGUUGUCACAUUACAUCCCUGCAAUUCUUUCAGAGCUUUGAUUGUAUUGUAUGCGUGACCCCACACCCCACAGCUGUUUCGUGGUUUACCUGUCUACAUUUUUAGUCAUAUGUUCAUCUAUCAUGGUUGAUAAAGAGAUAAGAUUUGGUUUCUUAGGCUUUUUGGAUUUUGUUGGAUAGAAUGUGUAAUUGUAUAUUUUUUUUUCUUACAAACUUGGCUUGCCUCAUCUGUGCUUAGUUUCAUGGGGAAUCUUGAAUCAUUCAUUGGUUUUAUUUCUAGUUUAUUAUGUUUGUAUGAAAAGUCAUAAAAGUGUUGUCUGAUGACAUUAGCAGUGAGCUGAAUACAAUAACAACAUUAUUGUUCUAA